GAAAGCCUGGUAUAGAGCGUGAGGAAAGAUGGCAGAGAGUUCUGGCGAUGAAGAUGGAUUGGAGACAGAUUUCGUGUUUUAUCGCGAUCGUGAUGAAUGGAAAGAUGUCACUCCAAUUGAACAGGAUGAUGGACCUUAUCCAGUUGUGAGGAUUGCGUAUUCUGCCAAAUUCAAGGAUGUCUUUGACUACUUCAGGGCAGUUCUGCUGGCUGAUGAAAGAAGUGAACGUGCUCUUGAACUCACUGAAGAUGCCAUCAGCCUUAAUCCAGCGAAUUACACAGUCUGGCAUUUCCGAAGAGUUUUAUUGAAAUCACUGAACAAAGACUUACAGCAAGAAUUACAAUUUAUAACAGAGGUCAUUAAAGAACAACCCAAAAAUUACCAAGUUUGGUAUCACAGAAAAGUUCUUGUUGAAUGGCUGAAAGAUUCCAGCAAUGAACUGAAGUUUACUGAGGACAUUCUACAACUAGAUGCUAAAAACUAUCAUGCUUGGCAACACCGACAGUGGGUCAUUAAAGAAUUUGGUUUAUGGGAGAAAGAGCUUGAUUAUGUAGACAAACUGUUAACUGAAGAUCUUCGCAAUAACUCUGCAUGGAAUCAAAGAUACUUUGUGGUCUCCAAAACAACAGGCUUUACAGAAGAUAUUGUAGAUAGAGAAGUGAAGUUAACUAUGGACAUUAUUCAGAAAGUGCCAAACAAUGAAAGCGCUUGGAAUUAUUUGAAAGGAGUUCUGGCUCCUACUGGUCUAAGCAAACACCCUGGUCUGAAGGACACUUUGUUGGAAAUGUACAGUAAUGGUAUUGACUCUUUGUAUUUAAUGUCCACAUUGAUUGAUAUCUCUGAAGAAGAGCUGGAGAAUGGGGUUGGUGAUUCAAACUGUCUGGGACAGGCUUUAGAGUUGUGCAGCAAACUUGCCACAGAUGCUGACUACAUCAGGAGAGAGUACUGGAAUUACAUCUCCCGCAGUCUGAGUAGCAAAUAUGGGCAACCACAAUGACACCAUUAAUAAAAUUAAUAAGAAUUUUGAAUGAUAAGUGACAGCUGCAAAACACACAUCUUCAGUUAUUGCUUACGAUCUGGUAGUACCAAAACACAUCACAAAGAAGUCAGUGGAAUAUAGAAGAAUUUCUUGUUUCCCUAACCUUAUCAGUUAGAGGUUAAAAAUAGAGAAAAACAUAUCAGCACAAAUUGAAGUGCUUUUUCUUAGCCAAGUUUAAAUCAGAUUUAGAAUAAGCAAUAAAAUGUCUUAAGCUCAAAGAGGAGAAGCAAUGUACAUGUUAGACUGCCAUAAAUUGAUUGUGCUCUAGAUAUCUUUUGAAUUGGAGAAAAAGGGAAACCUCAUUGGCUUAAAACUUAAAUUCCUUUGCUCAAUGUUUCAAUAAAGAAAACAGAUUGUGAUUUGAUAUCUUUGUGGCCUGAAGUAUGAGCUAACCUAGUAGGGAGACAGAAGGUCAGACUUUGCAAAACUUGUAUUACUUAUGCAUGCCAAACAAUUUAUGUUACUUUUGGCAUGUAACUUGAUUUCAGGUAGAAAUAAAUGUUUCUUCGUUUCAA